CGUCGCUGUAACUCUUCAGCGAAUCAAAACACAGCGAGCGAGUUUGGGGGCAUGACGUCAUUGUUGGGGUAUUUUCAAGAUGGCGCUGGACUGUGGCCGGAAUGCCGCUGCUGCAGCCAAACGCUGAGGGAUUUAAUUAAUCUUCUGCCCGGCGGCGACGUUAACUUCGAAAGACGGAGUAAAUAUUAUUGUUCUAUACACCAGAGAGGAUCAUGUUACAUCCGGUGGGUGUCAGGUAACGCUGAAGUAUCCCUGGCUAAAAUGGUAGCCCCUUCCUCCAAGAACAACAAAACCUGCUGCUGCUGCGGAGCUCGGCCGACGGGGCAGGACUCGUUGCAGGAUUUUACGCCCGGGGCCGAGGCUCGCUUGGCGGACUGAGUGGUCAUGGAAACCACGGAGGAGAACGGAGAGUCGUUUGCCGUCGACUUGAACGAGAACGAAGAAGGGAGAGGAGGAGGAGGAGGAGGAGGAGGAGGGGGGGGGAAAGCGGCUCUUAAAUCUUACAUCGCACUCAAAGACCACAGCACAGCGCUGCUAGCCGGUGGCAGCGGGUGUCAGGAAGCUGGGAAGGGUCAUAUUUAUGUGACCGGUAACGGGAGGAAUGUAAACAGAGACGCGUCGGUACAGCCGCCCCCACACCAGAGGGAGAUCAUGUUGGAUCUGGUCGCGGCGGAGAAGUACCUCCCCGGCCAGUUGACUGACAGCUGUGUGAUUUCGGGGCUUUGCGGCGACCACGGCGGCCUGAACGGAUUCACUGAGUCAUUGAGUCAGGAGGAGCCCACAAUGGUCGGGCUGGGAGGAGGAGGAGGAGGAGAAGGAGAAGGAGGAGGGCUCGGCCUCGCAGGGACCACGGCAGCUUCCUGUCCAGCUGUGAUCCUGAAUCGGGUUUCAGCAGAGACGAGCCGAGAGAUGCGGCAGCACCCUGCGGGGGGGAGCGGAGGGGAAACUCCGGAUUCUGGCGACGUUAGCCCGGGAGAAGAGUCGACUGACGGCGGCGCAGUCACCGGCUGUAACAGGACUUCUCUCUCCCUCGACCGGCUGCAGUGCACAGGGAAGCACCAGCCGAACUGCGCUUGCACCACGACGGCCCCCUCCUGUCCGGACGUAAACAUGCCCAACGGGGAUGUUGACAGUCCGGAUUACUGUAAACAGACAGGGGUGUUUUCCACCGCGUUGCUGGGCCAGAGACUCGGUUUAUGCGACGUGGAAGGUGAGGAAGUGAAAGUAGCUAACGGUGGUUUGCACAUUGUCAACACCGCGAGAGCAACAUGUGACUGGCCCGACUCGGACCCCGAAACCAUCAGCGACAUUCAUGGCGACCUGGGUGCGGGGCAAGAAAACGGGGCCGGGUCGGGAUUCUGUCUGAGGAGCCAACGCGACUGCAGCGGGACAUUGGUCGCGCAGUGCCCGGGUGAGGAUGCACCAGCUGCGGCAGAGCUCGCUCCCUUCCCUGGCCCCCCCGCCCCGGUCCCGUCCAAGGACCCCCCCGCCCUAGGAUCAAGUGCCAAACUCCCCUCACCUAGCGGGACGCGUGACAGCCCGCUGUCUGAACCCAACAUCAGGGAGGAUGAGGAGGAUUUCAGUGACCUUAGUUUACCCAUCAGGCCGCAGAGUUUGAGAACUAACCCCAACCUCGCAGUGUCCCUCAGCUGUGACGCCACCCCGUUGUCCCCCGGUGAUGAUGGGGGCUUUUAUUUUGGAGACGAGGGGUAUGAAGAGGACUUUCGGAACGUUAUGGAAGCGGGUCGCAGGCAGAGCGCACCGGACAAGCUGCCAGACCUGAGCGAACACACAGACAGCUCCGACCCCAAGAUGAUGCCAAAGAGGUUCGGCAUCGCUGACUUCUUCACCAGGAGCCUGUUUUCUAGGAAAUCCAAAGAGCCCAAGGCGCUGUCCCAUAAUGCAACGGGGUGGCGACUGUUUGGCAAGACAGCAGCCAGAGAGGGCGAUCCAACUAAAGACCCUGCCUCCACAUUGUCCCCACAACAGGUUGGCUCUUUAAACACACACACUGACAUGAUAACCAUCAUCCUGGGAACGUUUUCAGGGUGUUAGUUGGUGAAAGUCUGA